GCAGUAAGGCCACCCGGUCCUGGGCCUGGGCUGGAGGCUCAGGGCGCUGCUCCGGUCUCUACCCGCCAGCGGCCCUGGCGCCUUCCCAGCACUGUUCGGGGUCCCUACAUUUCCCACCAGUGUCUCUGAAGCGGGACGUGCCUCUAACUAUGCCUCACCAGGGCCUGCUCCUUUUUAGGAUGGCUCCUCUGUGUGUACUGCUCAGCAUGCUGAUGGUCUCCUGCUUCAACUUCUGCCUCUGUCAUAAGAACUCGGAAUUUGCGCUGACCAACCCAGAGAAGAGCAGCACCAAAGAAACAGAGAGAAAGGAAACCGUAGCAGAGGAGGAGCUGGAACCCAAGAUUCUGGAGGUGUUUCACCCGACCCAUGAGUGGCAGGCACUUCGUCCAGGUCAGGCUGUUCCUGCAGGAUCCCACGUGCGGCUGAAUCUCCAGACUGGGGCAAGGGAAGUGAAACUCCAAGAUGAGGACAAGUUUCAAACUAAUUUGAAAGGGUUGAAAAAAGGCAAAAGGCUGGACAUCAACACCAAUACCUAUACAUCUCAGGACCUCAAGAACGCACUGGCAAAAUUCAAGGAAGGGGCAGAGAUGGAAAAUUCAAAGGAAGACCAGGAAAGGCAGGCCAAAGUUAAGCGGCUCUUCCGUCCCAUUGAGGAGCUGAAGAAGGACUUUGAGGAGCUGAAUGUUAUCAUUGAGACAGACAUGCAGAUCAUGGUACGAUUGAUCAACAAGUUCAAUAGUUCCAGCUCCAGCCUGGAAGAGAAGAUUGCUGCACUGUUUGAUCUCGAAUAUUAUGUCCAUCAGAUGGAUAAUGCACAGGACCUGCUUUCCUUUGGUGGCCUUCAGGUUGUGAUCAACGGGCUCAACAGUACAGAACCCCUGGUGAAGGAGUAUGCAGCAUUUGUGCUGGGGGCUGCCUUUUCCAGCAACCCAAAGGUCCAGGUGGAGGCCAUUGAGGGGGGAGCCCUGCAGAAACUGCUGGUCAUUCUAGCCACGGAGCAGCCUCUCACUACAAAGAAGAAGGCCCUGUUCGCCCUGUGCUCCUUGUUACGGCACUUCCCCUAUGCCCAGCAGCAGUUCCUGAAGCUGGGGGGGCUGCAGGUGCUGAGGAGUCUGGUCCAGGAGAAGGGCAUGGAGGUGCUGGCCGUGCGUGUGGUCACCCUGCUCUAUGACCUGGUCACCGAGAAAAUGUUUGCGGAGGAGGAUGCCGAGCUGACGCGGGACAUGUCCCCCAAGAGGCUGCAGCAGUAUCGCCAGGUGCACCUCCUGCCCAGCCUGCAGGAGCAGGGCUGGUGCGAGAUCACCGCCCACCUCCUGGCGCUGCCAGAGCACGACGCCCGCGAGAAGGUGCUGCAGACGCUGGGCGCCCUCCUGGCCACCUGCCGGGACCACUUCCAUCAGGACACGCAGCUCCACAGGACACUGGGCACCCUGCAGGCUGAGUACCAGGCACUGGCCGCCCUGGAGCUCCAGGAGGGUGAGGACGAGGGUUACUUCCGGGAGCUCCUGGACUCCAUCAACAGCUUGCUGACAGAGCUGAGAUGAGGCUGCCCCUGACACCGGGACGCUACUUGUGAGACUGAGGGGCACCAGCUUGGGUGGGCUCCUCAGGGGAUACCAGGCAGGAGGGGGGGGGCUUCCCUACUGGGGCCUGGGCAUCAUCUGGGCUGUGUUGGCUUGGCCAUUAAAUGGAGGCGUGACGGCC